AUGCAAAAGAUCAAAGUUACAGUUACUCCUGAAGUCGAAUCAUUAGAAGGGAAUGCAACUGAUGGAGAAUUAAUAGAAAAUGAUUUGUAUUUAAGAUUACCUUCAAAUGGAGGAGGAAAAACAAAGCAAGAAGUUAUAGAUUUUAAUAAAGUUGAAGAAACAAUUGAUCAGGGCCACGGAAAAUUGAUUCUCAUUAUUGUAAUUAUUCUUACAAUAAUUCUUUCUAUUGCAGUUGUUGUUUACGUUGUAAUUAUGACAAUUCUAAAUAAGAAAAAGAGUCAAGCCAAUGAAGAAAUUAUAAUUUCUGAUGAUGAUAAUAAUAUGAAUUCAAAACCACAAAAAGAAGAGGAAGAACAAGAAAAAUCAAAUAAAACAUCGAAUGAAGAAAUAAAUAAAGACAACGAACAAAAUAAAGAUCAUAGUUCAGAAUCUUUGAGUUAUUCAUAUUCAAAGAAAAAAGAUGAUAUGUCUGAUGACGAAUCUUCAAGUAAGCGUAGAAGAGUAAAAAAUGAAGAACCAAAACAAAACGAAAGUUUAGAUUCCGGUUCAGAUGAGAAAAGUUAUUCAUACUCCAGAUCGCGUUCCAAAUCAAAGAGUGAUUCUAUAUCUUACACGAGCAUUUUCUAA